AUGGAGAGCUUCAACAGGUUGUUUACCAACAAAGCAACAACUCAGAAAAAACAUGUUAAUGUAUCGGCUCUGUGUCCUUUUUGUAAUCUUGAAAAUGAAUCCUUUAACCAUGUUCUUGUCACUUGUUCUUACUCGACAGCGUGCUGGAAGCAGUUAAAUUCAAGGCUCAAUACUGAAGUACACGACAAUUUUUCAUCAUGGUUGCAGUCGGCGUUCAGCAAUUCAUCCACUGCAGAGUGCCAACUGAUAACUAUGCUGGUGUGGGCUAUUUGGAAGAGUCGAAACGAGCUGGUGUGGGACACCAAACAUCGUGUUGUUGGUGAUGUUGUAGUAUUGGCAAAAACUGUCCUUGAUCAAUGGAAGAGCGCUCAGGAGAAAACCUUUGAAGCUUCAUCAAAGUUGCAAAUAUCUGAUGUUGGCUAUGAGCGUUGGCGAACUCCAACAGAUGACACGAUCAAGGUUAACACCGAUGCUGCAAUUUUUUCACAUACGAACUGUUUCAGUUUCUCGUUCGUGGCUCGUGAUCAGUCUGGUUCCUUAGUGGCAGCUAAGUCAAAGUGUAUGCAAGGGAAAGUCCAGCCAUCAAUUGCUGAAGCUAUAGGCAUUAGAGAGGCCUUAAGUUGGAUAAAGGAUCAAAGUUGA